UCAUUGAGUUAGAAACAGGUAAGUGGUAGUACACUGUGGUUGUUGAUGAUGGAAGAGAGGAAGUGGGUAUCACUACUGCAGCUUAUGGUGGUGCUGAUAAUGGCUUCUUCUAUGUCAAAAGGGUCCAAAGGCUUUAGUCUCUGCAACAUGGAUGAUGAUGGAUUGGAGGCUUGCAAGCCAUCAGUGACUCAGCCAAACCCAGUUGAUCCAUCUCCUGAGUGCUGCAAUGCUCUUUCUGGGGCUGACUUGAAAUGUCUUUGCUCUUACAAAAAUUCUACAGAGUUACCCUUUUUUGGAAUUGACCCUACUCUUGCUACUUCACUUCCUUCCAAGUGCCAUCUCACUCCUCCAGAUAAUUGCUAAGCUUCUCAGAUCAAUUUCUGUAGACCUGUUUCUCAUGCUCAUCAUAUCUGUUCCUGCCAAUUAAUGGCCUUUUUUAUAUGUUAAAAAAUAAUAUAUGUGCCAGUUAAACGUUUCUGUAUUGAUAUAUAUGUGC